AGUGCAGGACAGUGUGUGCUUGUUAAAGGUUACAAGUUGUGACUAUGGGACAAAAAUGUUUGCAAAACACACUGAUAUAAGGUAGACAUUUAUUUACAGUAAAUACAGGUAUCAAUAACGUGCUUAUUGGGAACAUGUAUGUCUGUACAAGGGAAGAAGAUACAGGGUGUUUAAGGAUACCAUUAUGUUUUUACUGAGUGACAAAGCAGGAGCAACAGGGUAACAGUGUUGGUAUAGAAAAGUAUUAUAUGUCUAUUAACCACUAUAAUCUCGUAAUUGUUUUGUAUCACAUUUACUGUGAGGCCUGUGCACAGUUUCUAAGAAUUAAAGUGCGUCACAGCCCUGUCUGUUUUGGAGGGAGGUGCGUGUGAGAAUCUGAUGUGCUGUGACGUAAGAAGCAGUGAACAUCCACUCACUGAGACCCUUAAGUUAUCACCCCCCUCCCUAAUUUUAGACCUGUGCUUCCAGUCCGGCCGUCAGCAGUGACAACACAUGACCUUAAGCCUGUGUGGUCUUACUGGACAUUGGUCAAGUUGCCCCCUCCCCCCCAGCUCACCUCAGCCAAUGAGAUUAAAGCCCUGCUCAACAGAAUGAUUGAAUCAAGUGUCAAAACUUAGUAGAAAUAGUGCCUCUGAUACUUUGGCAAGUGGUGUACUAUAUUUCAAAGGACAGAAAAUUGGUUGAAGAGGAAUUCUAAAGAAAGAAGAACUAGAAGUUGUGCUUCAGAUUCCUGUUGUAUAUGUUACUACAACCUAAUUCAAUGCAGGCUCAAGAGUGACACUUGAUCGACUGCCACUCACUACAUCAGGUCCAGCAUGGGUCGCUACCUCAGCACCAACAUGUGUUCAGGUUCUGUGAACAGGACUUUGAGAUCGUACUGCAAAAUCAGGUACCUAAUGAGCCUUAUCAGAAAGCACCCUCUUUUGGUCAAAGUACCUCUCCGCUUGGACCUCCACAGAUAUUCGCUGCUGUCACCUCCUCAUUUUUCCAAACUUACAAGAAAAGCCACUUUACUAAAAUUUAACCACAGUGAUACAGGCUCUACCUCUUACUGCCUCCUCAGAGAUUUUAACAAACAAGUGAAGCAUCUCCAGGUUGUGCGUUUUUACUCAUCCUCUAAUAGGGAUGUAUUCAAAGCUGAAGCUCCCAUUGGGAUCUUAGAGGAAGCACAGAAAAGUUUUCACUGGAGUUCACUGGGAGGACGUCUUGGUCAAUCAUUUCAUCAACUGUCCAGACACAUUAACAUUUAUUUCAAGAGAAAGGAUGUUGUACCUCUAGCUGUGAAUGCCAAUCUUCUUGUCGCAACUCCAGAACAUCUUGGCAGGUCACAGAGGCGUAGUCAAAGUCAGCGAACAGCCAGAGAGCAAAAUGUAUCUGAGGGCAAAGACACAACACAGGUCUAUAACAGCAAUGAGAAACAGGAGAGCUCAGGAACAAGUCCUUCAAUCCAGGAAAUGUCUGGACUCCAAUUAUUUCACAUCAGUUCUUUGGCAACAAGGUUUGGUGAGAGCUACAGUUAUGUAGCUAAUCACAUUAACUCAGUCUUUUCCCGGGGCUUUGCAAAAGCUGAAAUACAGGAGAAUGUACAAACCAUGUGUUCCACCAGAGGGACACACAGAAGGCUGAAGAGGAGAAAAGUGCAACACACUUAUAGUACAACCCUUAAAGACACUGAAAUGUCCCCAGUAAAAUCGAGUGCUGAACAGGGAACGGUGGAGUCUAACAACCUCUCCAGCAGCCAGGAGGAGGGCUACCUUCAUUUUGCAAGACACAUCAAUAAAUACUUUGGUACCAAGGUUACUGAUGGAGUUCAGAAUAGGAGAGAGCAACUUCCUGAGGAAAAGAGCAGUACUUCCAAAAACUAUUUUUCAUCGCAAUCUACCUCUCAAACUCAAGGUGCUACAUCACAGCUGAAGCAAAGAGAACCAAUCAGCCCUGAAAUUGGAGGCCUUUUCCACCGCAGCCGUGCUACUACUAACUUUGGGGAGAACUAUUUCCAAAUGGCCAAUCACAUCAACCAGUAUUUCAAGGGUCAGAGUGGACUGAAUGAGGAUGCAGAUAGAAAUCUAAUACAGACGGACCCUGGAUCUGUUACCUCUGAGAGAAUGAAGACUGUAACCUUUAUGGACUACCUUCGCCACCCCACAAGUGCCAUCCCUGACUUGCUGGGUGCUUAUCUAAAACUGGGCCCCUUGACUCAGACUAGUAAGCCCAAACUGGCCAUGACUUCACCACAGGCAAUUCUGAAUAAAAAGCUUGUCUUGAGCAGGAGGCAAGCAGAGGAAGUCACACGUGGGUUGAUUGGCAGUCUGGGACUGGCCCCGUCUCCAGGAGCUCUGAUUGCCUGUGUGGAGGCACUCAAUGAACAUCUUAUCCGUUACCCCUCAUGCAAAGCUUUAAUGUGGCAGGAGAAAACUGCAGUCAUGUUGUUGCGAAAGCGGCGAACCUACAAAGACAACCAGGAGCUUCAGAGCACCUUAAGAGAAACCUUAGCUCUAAUCGGCUAUGUGAAUCCAGUCAAAGGUUGCGGCAUUAGAGUCCUCUCAAUUGAUGGGGGUGGCACGAGAGGUGUGGUGCCUCUGCAGAUGUUAAAGCUACUGGAGGAUGAGACAGGCAGAAAGAUCCACCAGCUGUUUGACUACAUCUGUGGAGUGAGCACAGGCGCUGUUUUAGCCUUCAUGCUGGGUCUGGCCCAUUUUUCACUAGAGGAGUGUGCUGACAUGUAUCGUCGAUUUGGCUCUGAAGUGUUUCGUCAGAACCCGCUGGUCGGCACUGUGAAGAUGGGCUGGAGUCACUCCUACUAUAACACUGAGACCUGGGAGGAAAUAUUACGAGAAAAGCUGGGAAAUACAGUUCUUAUUAAAACAGCCAGAGAUGAGUUGAGUCCCAAGGUUUCAGCGGUGAGUGCAGUGGUGAACUGGGGUACGAGUCCUAAGGCCUUCGUCUUCCGCAACUACAACCACAAACCAGGCUCCCUCAGCCGCUACGCAGGAGGCUCAGGCUACCAGAUGUGGCAGGCAGUGAGAGCAUCAUCAGCUGCCCCAGGAUACUUCCAAGAGUUCCCAUUACAAAGUGAUAUUCACCAGGAUGGGGGAAUUAUCAUGAACAACCCCUGUGCCUUGGCUGUCCACGAGAGCCGUCUGUUGUGGCCCAACCAGCCCUUCCAGUGUGUGUUGUCCCUUGGCACCGGUCGUUAUGACAACGCCAAGAGGGGUCCUGCCACCUCCACUAGCCUGAGGGCCAAAAUCAGCAACCUGAUCAGCAGUGCCACUGACACUGAAGGGGUCCACACCCUUCUGGACGACCUCCUGGCCCCAGACGUCUACUACCGUUUCAACCCCAUGCUUAGCUCCCUGGUGUCCCUGGACGAGAGCCGGCCGGUGGCCCUGGACCAGCUACAGAGAGACACCCAGACCUACCUGGAGAGAAACAGGCCCAAACUGGCCAGGCUCUGUUUGGUGCUUGGGGCAGAGCGCUCAGCUGUGAGCAGAACUAAAGACUGGAUGAGUGAGAGGGCCUGGGAGAUGAAACAGAGAUGGGUGUGAGUAGGUAUAAGGCAAGUCUGCAAAUAGAUACAUAUCCUAUGCACAGAUGCACACGUGUACAGGCUGUGGACAAAAUAACAGAAACACUGUAAUGUACAACAACCCUUAUGUGAGCUCAACAUUAGCAUGUUAGAUGUCACUAACAGCAUGUAUAGCCUCACAACCACUAGCAUGACUGUAGACUUUUAUUCCAUUUUUCUUUCCUUUUAUUCUUAAAUAGUAUACUGAUCAGCUCAAUUAGCUUUAGAGGACUUUCAAUUUAAAUAUAACUUCAAGACGUACAAAGAAGCCAAACAAACUGAGCUUCACCAAAUUGGCAAUUCUGUUAUUUUUUCCACUUCCUGCUGUCCAUGCACUGUAUAUAAGAUAAAUGUGAUGUUGUUGACAGGUUUCACAUACAUAUAGUAUUUCAUUUAAUUUCUUAACAUAGACACACAGAGCAAAUACGCACAUUCAUGAAAUUAGCACUCUCAUGCACUUUGUUUAAAAAGGUUUGCGCAAGUUGCAUAUGUGACAUAAUUCACUCAAUGUAAUUAUUAUUACUGUAUUUGAGAAUGCACUCCUCAGUGGUUUUGAGUGUAAUAUAAGCUAUAACUCAUGCCACAGUAUGUUUUAAUAUAAUACUGGAUGAUUUGGGUAUUUAUGAGCAUAUGUUUAAAAUAAAUUAAUAUUUAUGAAGA